AUCCUCAUUACACGCAAGGUCGUGAGUUAAUUUUACAUUUAUUCUUUCAUUGUCUACUUUCAUUGUCUACUUCAUUGUCCACUUCAUUGUCCACUCCCAUUCCUCCUAUACUCAUAUCCACUUUCUCAAGUUAUCACAAUCCCCAAUACUCCGCCUCCACUCUCAACAUCAUUAUUCCAUCAUCGCUCUCAACUCCCCGAGUCCAAUCCAAAUAAAAAGAAAUCAAUUCAAAAAUCCACGUGUAAUUUCACUCACUUUUCAUUCCACGUGAACGCCUCGAUGAUGCCUGACCUCAAACGUUCUCGCUCGCCGUCCGACGCUGGCUCUCCUUCAGGACACACCUCCAAGCGUGCAAACCGCAACGAGGUCAACCCAGAGGACGACACCUACCACGAACCGAUCGAUUCUCUCGCUCAGAUCCCUGCCGACCAGCCAAUGCUCGACGCAGACACCCCAGCAGCGGCAGAUGGGUCGUUGACGCCCACCUCGCUCGCUCCGGCAGACUCGGUCAGCGUACAGCCUUCCAACUCCUCCCCGGGCGCGGUGCAGGCGACCAUCACCGCCCCUCCUACUGAUGCGACACCGACCGCGGACAAGGAUGAGGAGAACGAGGAUGGGACGCGGGAACCCCCGCCGCAGAACAUCCAUAUGCGCGCUCUCAUCGUCACCCAGGACGCCAGCAUCAUCAUCGGCAAAGGCGGGUCGCAUGUGAAUGAGAUCCGUGAGAAGAGCGGGGCGCGUAUCACAGUCAGCGAGAGCAUUCCUGGCAACCCAGAGCGUAUCCUCAACGUCACUGGCCCGCUGGAUGCGGUAGCCAAGGCAUUCGGUCUCAUCGUCCGUCAGAUCAACGACGAGCCGUUCGAGCAGCCCUCCGUCCCCGGCUCCCGCGCUGUCACCAUAAAGUUCAUCAUCCCCAACUCGCGUAUGGGUACCCUGAUCGGCAAAGCCGGGAGCAAGAUCAAGGAGAUCCAAGAAGCCUCGGGCGCGAAGCUGCACGCGAGCGAGGGCCUCCUCCCUGGCUCUACAGAGCGCGUGCUCAACGUCUCCGGCGUGGCGGACGCUAUCCAUAUCGCGACGUACUAUGUCGGCAACUCGCUGCUCAACUCUCACCCGUCGUACAGCUCCACGCACGCGUCCUACAAACAGCAGCGGCGGCCAAUGGCAUCGACGACGUACUAUCCCCCAAACACCCCCGUAUCAAACUACGGCUACCCGGGCCCAGCAGCAGCCCCAGCGCCCGUCUCCCUACAGCAAACGCAGAACUUUUACAUCCCGAACGACCUCGUAGGCAGCAUAAUCGGCAAAGGCGGAGCGAAGAUAAACGAGAUACGUCAUGUUUCCGGUUGCCAGAUCAAGAUCCUCGAGCCUGGCCAGGGACCUGCACCUGGGUCGGGCGCUGUACAGCCCAUGAGCGAGACAGAGAGGAUGGUCACUAUAACCGGGGGGAUCGCAAAUAUCCAGAUGGCGGUGCAGCUGCUUGCCAGUCGUAUCGAGCAGGAAAAACAGAGGCUGGCACGAUGAUCCCCCUCCCGAGCGUUAACUAGCAUGAACAAGUAUGUCUGUAUCAUCUCGUCCUCUCCCUGUUUCUAUUCCCCAACCCCCCCACGCCCACGCCCACAAUUCCCUAGCCUUCGGCUUAAACGGACCGUCCUGCCCCUCCUCCCCUGCUCUUGCCCCUGCCCUGCUCUUGCUCUAGCUGUAGCUAGGCUUAAAAUCACCGAUAGUCUUUGGCUGAGGGUUAAUGUAGA